UUACAAAACCAUAAAGAACUGGGUCGAAUUUGAACCAUCUAUCAUCGGAAGAGUAAAUGAAUGAACUGACAGUCCAAGUCUAAAGGCCACACAUGAAAUAAGAGAUAAAACACGUGUUAUUAUUUACACUUUGAAUCCUUGCCACCAAAAUGUAUCCAUUUUCUUGAUUGGAUAAGACUGACGUCAUCGCCUGAAAUAGAAUUUUAUCCGGGGAAUUCGCUUGCGCAAGCGCAGAAGACUCUAAAUCGCCAUAUUGAUUGCCGUUGGACUUUCAACCAAAGAAAUGUUUUGGUUUUUCACAUGAUUUAGAAGCAGGUCCUGACUCAUAGGGGAGCAACAUUUAAGUGAUUACAUAGAGCUGAUAGUUGAUUGUGAAGGUAGAAAAUUUGCUGAUGAAGAGGAGUUGAAGUUUUUACAUUUAUACCUCAAAAGUUCAAAAGCAUGGGAGCAUUUUUAGAUAAGCCCAAGACUGAAAAACAUAAUGAAACAGGGGGUGGCAAUGGCCUACGCUUUGGCCUCGCCAGCAUGCAAGGCUGGCGUGUUGAGAUGGAAGAUGCACAUACAGCUAUGAUCGGCCUUGAAAAUGGUCUUACUGAUUGGUCAUUUUUUGCCGUCUUUGACGGUCAUGCGGGUAAAAAUGUAUCGGAGUAUGCAUCAAGAAAAUUAAUAGAAUCAAUUGGUAAUAAUAAAGACUUUAUGAAAGCCUUAGAACAGGGAGAUCCUACCAGUCCGCUUAUGAUACAGGCUAUAAAAAAUGGAUUUUUGGAGUUGGACGAAAAAAUGCGAAAAAUCCCUGAAAUGCUGAAUGGAGAAGAUAAGAGUGGGUCUACAGCCAUCUGUGCAUUAGUAUCACCAACACAUAUUUAUUUUGCAAACUGUGGCGACUCACGUGGACUUCUGACUUCCAGUGGAGCUGUGAAAUUUCAUACUCAGGAUCACAAACCUAGUAAUCCCAUAGAGAAAGAGCGUAUUCAAAAUGCUGGAGGAAGUGUAAUGAUUCAAAGAGUAAAUGGAUCACUUGCAGUUUCCAGAGCUUUAGGGGAUUAUGAUUAUAAAAAUGUUGAGGGCAAGAGUCCAGUUGAACAAUUAGUUUCACCAGAGCCUGAAAUUAAUAUUAUCGCAAGGACAGAUCAAGAUGAAUUUGUCGUGUUAGCUUGUGAUGGGAUCUGGGAUGUUAUGACAAAUGAUGACCUCUCCAACUUUGUGCGGUCCAGAAUUCGUCUAACUGAUAAUCUAGAGACCAUCUGUAAUCAAGUUAUUGACUGUUGUUUAUACAAGGGGAGUCGGGACAACAUGAGCAUAGUGAUAGUAGCUCUCCCUGGAGCCCAACCAGUGUCCGAAGAUGAAAAGAAAAAAGAGCAAGAUUUAGAUAAGCUUCUAGAAACCAAGAUACAAGAUAUCAUAAAUUCAUCUGAGCCCCACGAUGCUGACCUGCCAUACAUAAUGCAUGUGCUGGACAAUGAAGAAAUAGAGGGCCUCCCACCUGGAGGAGGGCUCUGUGCCAAACGUCAAACAAUAGACAGCAUUUUGAAAAGGUUGCGUCCUGAUGCGGCAGGUGAUUCAUCAGUAAGUAACUUAUCCACAAUGCGACAGAUGAACUUCCUUAGACAUGUUGCACCGAAGAAAUGACUGAACGCUUGCAUGACUAGAUCUGAUGAUGAAGAACAAGAGGCCUAGAACAUGCAGACGUCCAACUCAACAGAUGACUCUCUGUGAAAGAACAUAUUAUAGAAUCACUCCAUACGUUCACUG